AUGUGUUACGCCUGUCAUCAGAUAGGUUGCCACGGUGAGCGAUGUUCACCGAAGCAGAGUCUCAACCACUUGUUGAAGAGUCCAUUUUGUAUCCAUCCAAAGACCGGACAUGUGUGUAUCNUAUAUUUAUUACAUAAUUAUUCAACACGUAACCAAUUACAGAGAACUGGCAAUUGUGCCACAACAUAUGAACAGAAAGAAAUUUGA